AUGUCUUUUAUCCAGAAUAGCCUCACCAUCGGUGAUUAUAGCAUUAGAUGCGUCCUCUUCUUGUUUGAGAUCGCUGGAUUGCUAGCUGUCUUCUUUGGCAUUCCUUCUUCAUUUAUCUACUUCGCCUGGUUCACGCAACAACACCUUUCGCCUGCCAUCAACAGUUCUGACGGCAGCACGCUUCAGUCGCGCGAAACUUUUAUCACCCUGGUUUUCAAUGCUGGUUAUUCGCUCAUCGUUAUAUGGGGGUCCAUGCCCUACUAUAGCCUACGGGGAAGCCUGUCGCACCGGUUUCGUACCUGCACAGCAGCCAUCUUUCUCCUGAAUUCUGUGGUGUUGACCGUGCUGGAUUUACGUUUGGAGCUUUUCAUGAGAAUAUGGUGGUUUCAUUUUGAAUCUAGGGAUCAAAUGUAUCUCGCGAAGCAUUGCCAGGCCAUGGCUGUUCUCUUUUGUGUUCUUUUAGGUUUGGGUCUGCUCUUGCUCCAGCUCUUAGUGUCUUACACCAUGGCCUACGGCACCCCCAAAACCCCUGGUGUCCUUAAGCAGAUGUUGGUAGACUUGAAGCGGCUUCUAGAGUACUAUCGGAUUGGAAGGUUGGCAGAGUCUGAUGAUAGCCCUGAGACCCAGAAGAUCAUGGAUUCGGAAGUAUUGCCGUAG